AUGUGCACAGUAUCCUUCUGUUUCUUCAGCGACGGCCACUCGGUGGAUAGUAGAUUGCGAGGUGCAGCGCCAGAUGACUUUCAUCUCUACGAUCCAAAUUCUCGAGGUCUUGUCCCCAUCGGAUCAAUAGCCACUCCGGUAAUGUACCCCAAUCAAUAUGUGAUCGGUGAUGGGUGGCUAAAUUUCACUGCAACCCCACGUUCAUCAACGCUUCGAAUGAUCUUUUUCUGCCAGGCCGAGAAUAGUCUAGGUCGCACUCGAUCUCGCAAAAUGGUUAUUCAUCAGGUCCCCGUACCGGAUGAAAAUCUGCGAAUUAAGUACCACACAUUCCCUGUAAAACCCGGUCAAAAAGCGGUGAUUCGAUGCCAGCCCGAACAGGAGAUCUUCAAUCGAUUUCUCAAGGUCAAGUACUGGGAGGUCUUCCGAAAUGACUCUCUUAUUGCAACUGUGACCCAUUCAAAGGAUAGAUUCUCCGUGAUAAAUGCUACCCGGUAUCCAGAGUUGCAUAUUCGAGAUGUGUUGGAAUCGGAUAUCACAGAAUUACGCGUUCGAUGUGUUCUUCAAUCGAUUGUCGACGAGAGUCGGGAGAUUCGGCGACUGGAGAUGGGCAAAUUGCAACCAUUUGGAUUAUUUUUCCAAUACGAGGAGGUUCGCAGCCAGAGUACGGACGUGGAUGUAGUCGUGGUGAGAAAAGCAUUUUUUGUGAAUUUAUUUCCACUGGUAAAGCAGAAAAAAGUUUUGCUAGGUUUAAUCAUUUUGAAAUAUCUGGCCCACAUAAGGAAGCAAUUACACUCCGGUCUUGGGUAA